CGUAUAAUUGUCAUUGUGUGAGAUGGGCAGAUUGGAGUUUGAGUGAAGUGAUGAAGAGGGAGAGAAAGGGAGAAAUAUGGGAUUUCGAGCACGAACUACCAGCCGGUGGUGGUGGUGGUGGUGGUGGUGAAAAACUUAUACUCGGGUUGGACGGUGGGACUAGUAACACGAUAUGCGUAUGCAUGCCUAUUAUCCCUUUCACCCCAAACCAUUCUCCGCCUGUCUAUGCCCGUGCUGUUGCUGGCUGCUCCAAUCACAAUAGUGUUGGCGAAACUGCUGCAAGGGAGACACUAGAACAAGUUAUGGCAGAAGCUCUUUUAAAAUCAGGUUGUAGUAGGUCUGCUGUUCGUGCAGUUUGCUUAGCUGUGUCGGGAGUCAACCAUCCAACCGACCAGCAACGGAUUUUGGAUUGGCUGAGUGAUAUAUUCGCGAGCGAUGUUGAAUUUUUUGUUGAGAAUGAUGCGGUGGCAGCGUUGGCUAGUGGAACCAUGGGAAAACUUCACGGGUGUGUCUUAAUUGCUGGUACGGGGACCAUUGCAUAUGGAUAUACUGAAGAUGGGAGAGAAGCCCGGGCCUCUGGUGCAGGCCCGGUCUUAGGUGACUGGGGAAGUGGCUAUGGUAUCGCUGCAAAAGCUUUGACAUCAGUAAUAAGGUCAUAUGACGGGCGUGGUCCAGAAACAAUGCUUACUUGUAGCAUCCUGCACCAACUCCAACUUUCUUCUCCCGAUGAACUAAUUGGGUGGACGUAUGCUGAUCCAUCGUGGGCGCGGAUUGCAAAUUUAGUUCCUGUAGUGAUAUCUUGUGCGGAAGCAGGUGAUCAAGUUGCAAAUGACAUAUUACUUCAUGCGGUUCAAGAGUUGGCUUCAAGUGUUAAAGCUGUUGUUCACAGACUUGGAUUGUGUGGUAAAGAUGGGAAGGCGAGUUUUCCUCUUGUUAUGGUUGGUAAUGUUCUUGAAGCCAAUCGGAGAUGGGAUAUUGGAAAGGAAGUAAUUGAUUGCAUUUCCAAGGAUUUUCCUGGGACGCACCCAGUUCGGCCAAAGGUGGAGCCUGCUGUUGGAGCAGCAUUACUUGCUUGGAACUAUCUAAUAGAACAAUACCAGCAGGAGCAUUCAGAGGUAGACUACGAUUAGAUUUGGUACCAAGCCGCCAUAGAAGUUGAGCAUGAUUGAUGUCUAGUAGUUAUCAAACUGUAUAGCAGCAGCGGAAGAUCACAAAAAAAAAAAAAAAACUGUAGACGAACCAGACGGCAUGACCUUAAAAAGACAAUAUUCUAUUGUGUGAUUGUUGUGAUUUUAUCUUUAGUCUUUGUGUUUACAAAUUUAUAUAUAUUGAUGAAGAUAUUCAUGUUGUCUUUCAUUUUUUAUUUA